AUGUACGCUCGUUUAAUUCGACAUACUAAUACUUCUCUGUUACGACCCCGUAUCUUUUUCAACUUUUCAACCUCUAAUUAUUCAAGUAACUCUCAAGAUCAUAAAUCUAAUGAACGCUUAAUAAAAUCAGAGGCAAAAAAAGAUGAAAACGAAUCCAGUAAUACCCCUAAGCCAUCAUGUGACCGGACAGAACUUACUGUUUCUGGAAAUACGGAUCAGAUCUCACAAACAACAACUGCUUACGAUAAAGACAAAGUUUAUCCCGAUCAAGAAAUUGAAGAUAUGAAAGAAAAAAAUCAUCAAGAUUCGUUGGAUUUAAGUGCGGCUAAUCGACAAAUAAGUCAUACCUCCAAAGAUUCUUCAUUACCU